AUGAUGCUCUCGCGAGUGAUACAGAGUGGCGGCGCUGGACGGUUUGCGGCCGUACGGUUUGCGUCGACAAACACCAUGAACUAUUUCCAACAGCGUAGUUUGCCCAUCAACACUGUGGUCAAGUUUGUUCCCCAGCAACAAGCCUGGGUGGUUGAGCGAAUGGGUCGGUUCAACCGGAUUCUCCAGCCUGGGCUGGCGGUUUUGGUGCCAUUUCUGGAUAAAAUCGCCUAUGUCAAGUCUCUAAAGGAGAAUGCGGUCGAGGUGCCGCGGCAAAGCGCAAUCACGUCGGACAACGUGACACUAGAAAUGGACGGAAUUCUAUACGUUCGGAUCUUCGACGCUUAUAAGGCGAGUUACGGGGUCGAGGACGCGGAGUACGCUAUUUCACAGCUUGCUCAGACCACCAUGCGUUCUGAGAUUGGCCAGCUCACGCUAGACCAUGUUUUGCGAGAACGCCAGCAGCUGAAUCUGAAUAUCACCGCAGCCAUCAACGAGGCGGCCAAGGAAUGGGGUAUUACUUGCCUAAGAUACGAAAUUAAGGAUAUCCACCCCCCGAACGAGGUUUUGGAAGCAAUGCACCGCCAGGUCAGUGCGGAGCGGUCCAAAAGAGCUGAAAUUCUCGAGUCCGAGGGUCAUCGUCAGGCCGCCAUCAAUAAAGCCGAGGGUACCAAACAGAGUAUUAUUUUGGCCGCCGAGGCUACGGCUCAAGGUAUCCGCCAGGUUGCUGAUGCUAUUGCUGCUUCUCCACAGGGCCGGGACGCUGUUUCAUUGCAAGUGGCGGAUCGUUAUGUUGAUGCGUUCGGCAAGCUGGCCAAGGAGUCCAACACGGUCGUGAUUCCGCAAAAUCUCGGCGAUAUGGGCAGUAUGAUCGCCGGUGGAAUGGCAAUUUUCGACAAGGUGUCUCAAAAAAAAUCCGUAGAGCCCGAGUCCAAAUAA